UUUAGAGUAUCGUGCAGUGGCGGCUCGUCAAUAGAGGGCGCAGGGGCGCCGCCCCCAUCAAUAUUCCAGAAAUAUACAUAUACAAAAUUUAUAUAAAAAUACAUAAAUAAAAUAUUUUUUUCAUACGAUGUGCCGGCUGGUAGUAAGAAAAGCAUCAGCAUUUAAUAAAAACUGGCUUUAAUCGGUCAACUAUUUUCUAUGUUUUUCAAUGUGUUUUAUGCGGGGCGCCGGACAAAUGGAUGUCUAUGUGAGACUUUACAUUUUCGGACAGCAUGUGACCUGAAGCUGGUCUCUAAUUGGUUUCUUAAAGAUUCUCCUCGGGGCGCAAGUCGUUGCGUCCCUGGCCAAUCAGAAUUGGAUACAUGUUAUUUUAUCCAAUCUGAUUGGUUCUCGUCACCUGUCAUUCAAAUUUACGCUGUAGGCCACUACUGCGAGUGCGAAGGCGACACCACUUUGACACUUGCUAGGCUGAUCAAAUUUUUUGUGUAAACAAUGGCAGCAGUUCAUCCAAAUUCUGUAAUUUAUUUACAAAAAAACCCUUUCACAAGGCUUUCGCUGGAAGAAAUAAAAAAGAUAAAGGAUCUCGGACCGGACCAACCCGAUUUACAAAUCCAGCAGCAGGCCAGUGACAGAGGACGAAGCUACACACGAAGCUUCACCCGCGCUUGUUAUGAGAAACGGAGGUGGCUGGCUGGAUGUGAUGUUAGCAAUUCUCUUUUUUGUUUUCCCUGUCUUUUAUUUCAAAGUGUCGGCACUGAAGUUUUGUGGACAACGACGGGGGUAAGAGACCUCAAACAUCUCUCUGACAAAUGCAAACGUCAUGAAAGUAGCCGCAGCCAUAUUGAUAAUAGCAUGAAACUAACGUUUUUGGGCAGAGUUAGCAUUGCUGAACAACUAGAUGAAGGCUACAGGAUUGGCAUUAGAAGGCACAACGAAGAGGUGACAAAAAAUCGACACAUACUGUCCAGGAUAAUAGACUGUGUGAAAUUUUGUGGAGCAUUUGAGUUGGCGUUACGUGGCCAUGAUGAGAGUGAGAGCUCAGAUAACCCCGGUAUAUUUCGCGGGUUGGUGGAUUUUGUUGCCUCUCUUGAUGGAGCAUUGAAAGAGCACCUUGACAGUGCUACUGUAUUUAAGGGAACGUCGAAAACUAUACAGAACGAGCUACUGGACUGUAUGUUGUCUGUUACAAGAGAAGAAAUAAUCAAAGAAGUCCAGACAAGUAGUUUUUUAUCAAUCCAGGCAGAUGAAACAACAGAUAUUGCCACACAGUCCCAACUUGUGCUUGUGCUGCGCUACAUCGACGACAAAAAUAACGUGCAGGAAAGAUUUUUUGAGUUCAUCCCUCUGCAGUCAGCUACAGCUGAGUCCAUUGCUACUGCACUAAAAGAGCGUCUUGCUUCUAUCCUUCCUAAGGAUCAGAAAAGUAAGCUCAUCUGCCAGGCAUAUGAUGGGGCCAGCGUGAUGAGGGGUGCCACUGCAGGUGUUCAGAGAAAAAUACAAGAUGUGUACCCAAAUGCCCACUACAUCCACUGCUACGCACAUCAGCUCAACCUGAUAAUGCAACAGGCCACGUCUCACAUAUCCAAGACGAGAAUAUUUUUUUCUAACAUUGGUGGAUUUGCCAGCUUUUUUUCUAAGUCACCCAAGCGGACAUGUUUUCUGGAUAAAGUGGUUGCCCAUAGACUGCCAAGAUCCAGCAACAUCAGAUGGAACUUUCAUAGCCGUGCCAUUAAUACUGUUUUUGAGCACAGAGAGGAUCUCAUUCACUGUUUUGAGAGCAUACAAGACUCAGAUGACUUCGACCCCAAUACUGUCAGAGAAGCAGGAGUCCUGGCCAUGCUACUGGAGGAUGAGGAUUUUAAGUUCUUUCUGGAACUUUAUCACCACAUCAUGCCACAUGUAGACUUCCUCUAUGCCAAGCUCCAGAAAAAGAACAUUGAUUCAGUCCAUAUCAAAGUGAGCAUCCAACAGUUCCAACAAGAAAUACAAAAGAUCAGAAACUCUCUCCACUCCAUUGGUGAGCAAAGCAGUGGUUCUCGUCCAACAAAGAGGCGCCGGGCGCUCAGUUCGGAAGACCGUGAAAGGAUUGCAGCAGAGGUCUGUGACACAAUCCUGGGACACACUAGGGAGCGUUUCUCCUUCACAGACCACCUUGUCUGUGCCACCUUGUUGCAGGGGGACAGGUUUGAUGAGUACAAGGAUACCUUUCCUGAAGAUGCAUUGAGCAGCACCAUGAAAGCGUACCCGAUGCUCAGUGGAAGCAAGCUGAAGACGGAGCUCAGUCUCAUCUACAGCAAGGAAGAGUUCAGAGCCUGCCGUGGUGCUGUGGACCUAUUCCAGCUGUUUAUGGAGAAUAAUCUCGAAGAAGUCUUUUCCGAAACUGUGACUCUCCUAAAAGUUAUCAUUACCACACCCAUGACCACGGCUGAAGCUGAGAGGUGCUUCUCAACCUUGAAACGAAUAAAAAAUUUUCUCAGAAACACCAUGACCCAGGAGAGGCUGAAUGCACUGGCAUUGCUGUCCAUGGAAAAGAGACUUGUUACGGAGAUGACUGACUUUAAUCAGAGAGUAGUUGAGAAAUUUGCUGGCCAGAAAGAAAGAAGAGCAAAAUUUAUGUUCAAGUAGGAAACAUGCUUUUUGGUACUUUGGUCUGAAAUGUAUAUAAAAGAGAAACAUUUAUGUUCAAGUAGGAAACAUGCUUUUUGGUACUUUGGUCUGAAAUGUAAAUAAAGAUCAUCAAAAUUUAUAUUCAAGUAGUCAAAAUGGUUUUUGGUACUGCUUUAUAUUUAUUUGCCCCCCUCAAUAAAAUAAAAAAAAUGCGCCCCCCCAAAAAUAAAUAUCACCAGCCGCCACUGGUAUCGUGAUGACAACGUAUCCAUAAUUGAAUGUUUUUUUAGGUGGUUAGAUGUUUGACACGAUCUAACAAACCCUCUAGUUAUGAGUAUUGGUUGCCUGCGCCUCCUGUGUUGAAAUGCUAAGGCGUAUUCUUGUGAAGGUGUAGAACGAGCAGGCGUUUUAAAGUACUUACCCAGUGUCUCCUCGCGAUUCCAAUCGGCUG